AUGGAGACGACGACGACCGACCCCAGUCCCGUCCAGUCGAGCCAGUCGCGCCAGCCGAGCUCCAACCCGGAUGCGCAACAACAGCCUGUCUCAGGUCGCCAGCCAGCUCCUGCUCGCAAGCGCAGCUCCUCAGGAGCUGGCGGCCUGUUGUCCAAGCUGCCUUUCAUUCGCUCGUCGGGCGAGCACCGCCCGCGUUCACGUCGUAACACAAACGAAUCCGAUCUGACGCCUGCCGCGCAGACACAGUUCCCCCCGAUCCCGUCCUUCACAACCCUACCAGCCGACCGGUCACCGCGCCAUACUUCGGCAGCCAUUCCAUCAAGUACCGUAACACAGCCACCGACGCCGCAUUUACUCCCACUGAGCGCUCUCCAGCUGCCGCUUAAGCAGCGACGACGAAGAGGCUCGCUGCGCAAGGCCGCUCUCCUGGGUCGAGGCGUCCAACGAGCACGCCGCGAGGCCCGCGACCUGACCAUUGACACAAAAAUACAAAUAACUGGUGACGGCAUGCCGAUAGAGAUUCAUGUGGGGAGCGUGCCCUCCAAGGCUCCCGAUGCUACCUCUUCCAACAAUAAUAGCCCACACAGGUCCAUCCCCGUCGUCAAGACCGAAGAUCACGACUCCCCCUCUCUCGGUCUUGGCAUCUCAGAAUUCACACCACGCCCCGGUGUAGAUGGCUACUCAUCCUUACGAUCCUCCACGCCGACCUCCGAUCCCGACAUGACACCCAUAGCCGCGACGGCACCCAACCCCCACACCAGUACGCCAAACAUCACUACCACUUCUUACACCAUCCCUGGCUCCAGCAGCCCAACUAUAGGCUACAGUACCACCGAUGACGAGGACAGCUUACACAUCCAACGCCCACGAUCGAUUCCCCUCCCUAGCAUUACCCGACAAACGACCCCAUCUCUCUCAUCUGCCUCCACAACCUCACUUCUCCUUCGCCCCGAACGCGCCUCUGUGUCCUCCAUUUCUGGUUCCGAAUCCUAUUUCCGCCAUCGACCCCUCGGUACUUCUUCGCCAGCGCCUGGUUCCCCAAACCCCGCAAACGGCAGCGGUGCAGCUGGUGCUGGCACGGCUACUACCAACAUGCUCACUCCAUCUCUUGACGUCCGUCGACGCCAGAAACAACGCGCCAAAUCGCCACUGGCGUUAAUGUCCACUGCAUCGGGACUCCCGCCGCAGGACGUGGGAUGGGACUAUUCUGAGACUGAAUGGUGGGGAUGGAUUAUUCUCAUCGUCACAUGGACGGUGUUUGUCAUCGGGAUGGGUUCCUGCUUGGGCGUGUGGAGCUGGGCCUGGGAUGUUGGUACGACGCCGUAUGCACCACCCGAGCUGGAGGAUGACCCUACAUUGCCGAUUGUCGGGUAUUAUCCUGCGCUGAUGAUCUUGACUGGAGUGAUGGCGUGGGUGUGGGUUGUUGUGGCAUGGGUCGGGAUGAAAUAUUUUAGACAUGCGCAGGUUAGCGGGGAUUAA